CAACAAAGCCCAGUUGAGACUCGCACGCUCACCUGUGAACAACAAACGGCCACGUAAAAUACAAUAGAGAAACAGAGCAAAGAAGAAGUGAGACUCCAGCACUAAUUGACUUACUGACUCGUGAAAAGAUUUUUUUUAAAGUCAAGAGUUUUUCGAAGUUUUAUACAAAUUCAUUUCGUCCAAAACGAAGAAAUUCAAAUCUAUGAAUUACUGUGCAGUAAAUAUCUGAAAAUUUUAACAAUUUGGCGUUUAAGUAUACCAACAAAUUUUUAAAAUACUUUCCCCAGUGAAAAAAAGUAACUCUUAGAUAUUUUGUGCAUAUUUUAAAAAAUUUGUGUCGUUUUUUUGGGAACAUAAAGGGGGAAAAUAAUAUUUUUCUGUUUGUGCCACCGUCCUCCCGACCGAUGCGGUGUGUGGCGUGACCAUGAUGGACUUGACAGUGAAAGGGAUGCUGGGCGGCGGGGGGAGUGGGGGCAAGAUGUUCACGGAAGAGAAGCCACUCACCAACGGAAAUGGACGGCCGGCCAAAGGGCUCUUCUCCAUCAGGGAUCUAGUCUCAUGCGACGAGCCAAAAGAUUAUCGUUCCCCUUCCGAGAGUGAUACUGCGGACAAUCACCACUUGCGAGAUUCCUCGCCCAGAAGUUCGGACGACCAUGACCAUCAGUCCUCGAAAACUGGGUCCGCCAAGGAUGACGAGGAAGAGGGCGACGGGCGGUUAUCGGAUGAUGGCGAAGGUUCCGAGGAGGGCGGGAUGGAUGAUAUGCCCAAAAGAAAACAGCGUCGAUACCGGACCACGUUUACGUCGUAUCAGUUGGAAGAAUUGGAGAAAUCAUUUGCCCGUACGCACUAUCCUGAUGUGUUUACACGGGAAGAACUCGCCAUGAAAGUUGGACUGACCGAGGCCAGAAUUCAGGUUUGGUUUCAAAAUCGUCGCGCAAAGUGGCGAAAGCAAGAAAAAGUAGGCCCCCAGUCGCACCCUUACAACCCCUUCGCCCAAACCAUCAGCAUGGGCGGGGGUGCCGGUGGAGGUCCAAUUCACGCCUCGUCCCCCUCACAACUCGGCCCCUUUUCCCCCCUCUACCUCCGAAAAGGUUUAAUGGGCGAUAGUGGUCUCCACCAUCACCACCACCAUCCCUCCACCCCCACCGCGGCGGCCGCAGCUGCGCUAAAUUCUGCCGCCGCGGCUCGCGCUGCUGGGGGCGCGGGCGGUCACCCGGGUCAAGGUUGGCCACAGGCACACCCACUUUCACCCUACUUCCCCUCCCCCCUCGGGUCCCAUCAUCACCCCGCCUUGCACAGAAACCCGUUCCUCAACCUGCCCGGUCUUCCUGGGAGUUACCUCCCGGGGGCGCCUUCCUUUCAAAAUUUACUGGCGCAUUUAAACGUUGCCGCCGCCGCGCAACAACUCCCUCCCGGACAUCCGUUAGGAUCCCUGAACGCGGCCGAGUUUCUGUUACAACAUUCCAUGGCGGCGCAACAGCAACACCAUCAGCAGCAAAGUGGUGGGGGAUCCCACAGCCCGAUUGGUCCCCAACUUAGCCACAGUCCCCCACAAGGUCACCUUUAUUCCGGGGUGAUCGGUGGUGGUGGGGGAAGUGACGCUGGGAGAAAGUCGGGUUCCAAUUCGCCCCUGGGUGAAAGUAGUAACGCGAGCAAUGACGCGAGUGGGAGUGAAUAUCAUCACGGGGGCGACGAGAGGAGGUCUUCGUCCAUUGCGGCGUUGCGGGUUAAGGCGAGAGAACAUGAGAUCAAGUUGGAACAAGGGUUGAGACUUCCGGUCAAUAAUAAUCAUCACAGUAGUAGCGAAGAUUUGGUGACAAAUUGAGACGAAAUUGGACCAGAUCUGCUUUGUAAAUCUAAGUUGUCUCAAUUUAUGUAUCUCAAGUGACGUGCAUAUAGUGACCAAUUUAUUAUUCCGUCCAAAGGAAGAAGUGGAAGAAAAGUUGAUGUGAUACUUGGUAAACUUACCUCAAGUUAAAAAAAAUAUUGUGUAAGUGUGCAAAUUUUUUUGCAAAUUUUUCAUAGCGUAUAGUUAUUUACUACUAUUAUUAGUAUUGCAUAAUGAUAUGCUUAUCCUAUUAUUUGUAGGUGUGUGAUUUAUUUAGUAAAUUAUUUAUGCCACGUUUUCCUCCAGUUGUGAAACAAUUCAGUAUUUGAAGUUAGCAUUGUCCCGAUUUUAAAUAACUCAUUUCAUGUUUUUUAAUUAUUAUUUUAUUAAUAUCGAAAAGAUCUCAAUUAUUCAUUCUUGAACAUAAAAAAUAUUUAGGAGAAUAUUUAAACUUGUUAAUUAUAUAAUUGUUACUCAUCGUAUUACAUACCUAAUUCUAGUUUUUGUUGACAAUUAAAUUAUUGCAAUUAGCAUAUUUGACACAAUACUAGUUAAUUAAUCAAGAUAGACCUCUCACACGGCCGUAUUAUCUAAAAAUUAAGGCAACAAAGCAAUAAUAUGUAAUACAUAAGUAAAUAGCAGAAAAGGAGAAAAAUGAGAUUUUAA